CGCGAGGAGGAAACAUGGCUGAAGCGCGAGCAUGAACAGCAAAGCAGAGCACGUCAGUAACGUUUUUACCGCAGUUUACUUUCCAAAACAUGAACAAUUCGUUAACUGAAAGACUUUACUUCCUCUGGAGAGAUUUCUUUAGCGUCUAGCCACAGAAAAAUGUCCCUGAGUGCGUCGUUUGUGUCGGGGUCCCAUAAAAGGACUCUGUCGAGCCUCCUCGCUGGUCGUGUGCUGAAGAGGCCGAAGCAGGACGAUGGCCAGCAGCUGCAGGAAGCAGCGAUCCAGCUUCUGGACCAGCACCAGGACCUGCGCAGCCUGUUCAGGGAGGUGGGGAAUCCAGACAUUUUCCGGUGUCAGAGAGAAGAGCAAAGACCUGCAGGUGUUUCUUCUGGGACUUCAGGCUCGAUGCUGGCGUGUGAGCUGAGGCGUCAGGCCGCCCGGCUGGGCGUCCCGGUCCCGGUGCUGUCGGUGAAGAUGGUGCUGGAGAGACUGAAGCAGAUCACCGAGGACAGCGAGAUGCUCACAUCCUCCCAGAGAGUCCAGCUGGGUGUCCUGAUGGAGUCCAGCAGAGAUCUGCUGUCCCAGGAAGCGCUCUGCCCCAAACUGCUCUGGCAGGAAUACAAGAGAGGUCAGAGGCUUCCCAGUCUGGAGGUGGUGUACGAUCUUCACUUUUAUAGCGUCCUCAGUCUGAAGUAUUUAAUAGAGAGUGAUGAAGAUGUGCGGUCGUGGCUGGUGCCUCAGCUGAAGGCUCUGUGUGGCUGGAUGCCUCCGGACGAAGGCGAUGAAGAGACCAAGCAAGUUCAGCAGAGAGUAUUAACAACUGUGGCUGGGGUCCUGGUGGGAGCAGGUUUUGAUCUGAGCCGUGAUGGGGCUGCAGCAGACAGGAAGAUCUCUCUGCUCUGCUGCUCCGUCCUGGAUGACAUGAUCUUCUGGGUUUUGGACGUUGUGGAGACUGUCCGGUCUGCUGGAACCGGAGCUGAGCUAUGGAUUCGGAUAUUUGAUGCAUUACUUUGUGGAGUUUCAGCGUCAGCAGACGCCCUCCAGCGUUUCUUCACACACUCUCUGACACAGAUUCUCACCUACAAGCCUCAGCUCACAGUGUCGGAUGCCAUCACCCUGCAGAACGAAUGGACCUUUGCAAAAGUCAACCCCUCGCUCACCUUGUUGUUCCGUAAGCUGGCGUCGAUCUUCAGCGUGGAGCAGCUGCUGGGUCAUCUGCAGCAGGUUCUGGAAAGCCAUGAGGUCAGCUGGAAGCAUGUGCUGAGCUUCCUCUCCACUCUGCUGGUGUACGACCAGUCUGGACCGCCCAGUCUGAAAGAUCUGCUGUCCAGACUGCUGAGCUCUGCAUUUGAAGGCUACGACCUCGAGAACUUGAUAACUGCCUUCUUAUUGGCUCGACAGGGUGCUCUGGAGGGUCCCUGCAUCUUCUCCUCCUACAGUGAUUGGUUUAAGAUGUCGUUUGGUGGAGGUAGUGGCUACCAUGCAAGCAGUAAGAAGUCUCUGGUGUUUCUGCUGAAGUUCCUCUCUGAUCUGGUGCCCUUCGAGCCCCCACAGUACCUGAAGGUUCACAUCCUGCAUCCUCCUUUCGUGCCAGUGAAACACCGGAGCCUCCUCAUGGAGUACGUGUCUCUGGCUAAGACCAGACUAGCCGACCUCAAGGAGUCGCUGGAGGACAUGGGUUUGUAUGAGGACAUCUCUGCUGCAGGGGCAUCAGUGCAGCCUCAGUGCCAGGCGGCGCAGGAUGUGGCGAAGGCAGUGUCUCUGUUUGAGAGCACCGGCAGGAUCCCCGCCACCGUCAUGGAGGCCAGUAUUUUCCGGAGGCCGUAUUUUCUAACACGAUUCCUUCUUGCUCUGCUGAAGCCGAGAGUGCUCCCGGUGAAACCUGACGCUCGGAUGAGUUUCAUAGAAGCUCUGAGAAAAGCAGAUAAGAUCCCCGGUGUGCAGUAUUCCUCCUACGUGGAGGCCUGUCUGACACACAGGCAGCGGAGUAAGAGCGAAGUGUGUUUGGACACAAAUGAUGAUCCUCUGGAGGUCUUGAAGAUCCAGCUGCAGGAGUUCACCGAGCUGGUCGUGGAUGGAAAUGAUGGAGAGAUGUCAGCCCAGCUGUCCAGGAUCUCACACACGCUGAGCAUCAUCUUCCCCGGAUCUCCUGACGAGCUGAUUGGACAAACCGUCAUCCGGCUUAACACAGACUCUGUGUUUGCUGAGCUGCAUGGAAAAGUCGUAAAUAUGAUCCUGAGAAGCUUCUGUCAGUGGCUGUUAAAGGCUUCACAAACCAACCCUCCUAAUAAGCAAAGCCCCUGGGCUUCCAGGUUUGUCUGCAUGCUGCUUGGGAACAAACAGCUUCUCUCCAGCUUCAUACAAAGACUGUGGGAUUUAUUUCACCACCAGGGACCGUCACUGAGUGCAGCACAUUUACUCGGUUUAGCCGCAUUCAUGGUCCACCUGUAUGCCUCCCCAAGUCCUCUGGUUCAGCUGCCAUCCCCCAUCCCUUCCCAGCCAGCGCCGCUUGGAGAAGCUCUCAGCUUGGCCCUGGUGUGCAACACCAGCACCAACAUGCUCUUCUGUGUCAGGUUGUGUGUUGCAGCUGUGUGUUACGGGAUCUGUAUUGGGGAGUCGUUGCCACGACAACAGCAGCAGGAGUUCAUCCCCAGCAGCCUCUAUAAGAAGCUUCUGUACCUCAUCCCACGACUGAUGCCCGAGGCCAGAAGAGCUCCUGCUGACGGGUGUAUGACUGACCGUCCGGAGGAGGAGCUCAUCAGCCUGUGGAGCAACAUCACGGACAGCGCCACCACCUGGAGGAAGACUGCCAGGCACCUGUGGAGACAUGGCACCUUCCAACAGCUGGAAGAGACUCCACAGUAUCAGUUGUGUUUCUUAGAAUGGCUGGAUCAUGAGCUCCGAGUACAACGAGGUGAAGACGCUCUGUCUGACGCUCAACGCCAGGAGUACCAGCGGUGGGCCUGCCUGGAGCGCUACCUGGCCCGCCCGGAAGGCCGGGGAGGAUGUGGAGGAGACGUGAAGAAGCUCUGCUCCCAGCUGCUCGGCGCCGUCAUGGACCAGCAGUCAAGUGACCUGAGCCUGGAAAAGCCAUGCCGGACGGGCGUUGCAGGAACAGGGACGUGUUUGCCAGACAUCCUGUCCAGACUACAGGAGCUUGUAUAUGAGAUGGAAGUGGCCAACCUCUCCGGCAGCAGAGCGGAUCUGAGUGACUUCCUGUUCGACGCGGUGUCCCAGCGAUGCUCCUCCAUGGCAACCUCCUCCUCUCUGAGCAUCGGAGCUGAACUCGGUCUGCAGCGUGCUCUACUCACAUGGAACAGAGUGCUGCUGGUUCUGCCCGCUGCGCUGUUCAUCAAAGUAAAGCCUGAAGGGGGGAGGAUGACUCUGGACUGCAACAAGCUGAUAGAACAUGUCAACCAGCAUCAGCGGGAGGUGUGUUCACCAGCUGGUUUCCUCUCCUUCCACAUCACUGCACACUUCUUAAAGGGUCUGUUAUGUGCCAGCGUUCGGUGUGGACAUCCAGGAGAAGAGGUCAGCAGAGUCUGGUCCCAGAUGAGUGUUCGCUGUCCUCUGCUGCUGGUCUCCACUGCUCGCUGGUGGCAGCAUCUGUCUCCACUGCUGCUGUCGCUGUGGCGCCGGCUGCAUGACGGAGCGUCUCCACCCGAACAGCUGCAGCUCCUCACCGACUCCCAGCACUGGGCCUGCCGUCUGGAGGAAGGUCGGGUGCUGCAGACGCCUCCUGCUGCAGCUCUCCUGCUGGCGGCCAGCCUGCAUCGUGCCUGGCGAGGCUGCGAAGGAAACCGGCUGAGCUUCAGCGCUGCUCUCAGUUCCCUGCGACCAGAGAGAGAUGCCAAAAACAGACAGGUUCUAGUUUUUCUGCUCUUCCUGUGUGUGAACGACUACCUGUCAGCACUCCUGUAUCCCCAGGAGCGGAGUCACGAGAAAGCUGGAGGUUUCUGCGCAGAGCUCCUGACCGUGUUGGCCGAAUCUGCUGAUUGGCUGCUCAUCUUCAGGUCUAACGAGCACAGUGUUUAUCAGUCAGUAACCAUGGUAACGUCGGAUGAGCGUGCACGGCUGAUGCCCCUGGCUUUCUGCAGCCUGCUCCCGCAGCAAAGCGCUGAGCUGCUUCAGACGCUGGUGCGAGGUCCGGGCUUCCUCCAUGCUGCCAUCCUCUGCUACCUUUCUGUGCUGCAGCUCUGGCUGGACGGACACAUCCCGACACCAACCACGCCGCUCUCUAAGGAACAAGCCAUGGUGCGUACGGUUCUGCAUCUGAAAAGAGCGAUGAAAACAAACACUAUCACCCUGUAUCGCCAGGCGGAGCCCCCCCAGAUCCUGAGCCACACCAAGCAGUUUCUUCUCAGCUUGAUCUCGCAGACGUCUCCAGCUGGACUCGCCUCCAGCCAGCUCAGACAGCUGGAGUCCCAAUGUGCAGACCUGGACCCAGAGCUGGCUGCUGCUCUGUCGGUGAACCUCGAGCCUCACAGUCUCAGUCCGGAGAUGGACUUCCUCUGACCUGCUGAGCUCUUCUACAGUCACAGUACAAGACCAGAUGCUUCGACUAGUAUUAUACCUCAGAUACAACCACUGCUUCACAUUCAUCCAGCAACGCUUUACGGCCCACAUGUUGCUCUGAAACAAAAAUCUACACUUUAUUUACAUGUUCGUUCUUAGCAUGGCAGAAUAGACACUUUUAUUUCACAGAUAUGUACAUCUGAAGCCUUUCCUGCUACAAUUCAGAGAUAAACUCUUAAAAAGGGUAAAAACUUAAUAAAAACUUUCAUACUG